GCAUUUCCGUCACGACCAACGCGCACACAUUUUCCCCCUCUUUCGUCUCCAUCACAUGCUCGACAGCUUCGCAAAGGAAAGAAGAAUCACCCUGCUUAGCAAAGCGCAGUGCCAGCACACCUAGCCCGCUUGGCACACAGACUCACCUCUACACACGCAGAGGCGCGAAUCGUCAUGUCGGUGCCGCAUCUCUCUCACAGGCACGUGCCGGACGAGUCGAGGCUGGAAGGGAGCGCUUCAGAUGUUAGGAAAGAUGGGCUGCAUCACCAGACGAGCUCUGCGGUGGAUGAGCAAGAGCAAGGAUCUGGCUUGAGUCCCAAGAGCGACGAGCUCACAGCGCGGGGCGACACGACUUCAGCGUCCGAGCUCGCAGCGCAGCUGGGCGUGGAUGAGAGGAAGCUGAUGAGAAAGGUGGAUCUUCACCUCAUCCCAUUCUUGAGCUUGCUAUAUCUCUUUAGCUUUUUGGACAGGAGCGCCAUCGGCAAUGCCAAAUUGUAUGGAUUGGAAGAUGAAUUGCAUAUGCGAGAUACGGAUUUCUCCAUCGCUGCUGCCAUCUUCUUCAUCCCUUAUGCUCUGUUCGAGGUGCCAAGCAAUAUUCUGCUCAAAGCUUUCAGACCCUCCAUCUGGUUUCCCAUCAUCACGAUGCUCGUGGGAUGCGCCAUGCUCUCUCAGGGCGUAGUGUCUAGCUAUGGAGGCUUGCUCGCCGCCAGAUUCUGCUUAGGUGUGGUGGAGGCGGGUCUGUUUCCCGGUGUCAACCUGCUCCUCUCUGGCUGGUACAAGAGGUCGGAGUUCGGAUUGCGAGCUGCGCUCUUCUUCUCCGCUGCUACCAUUUCCGGAGCGUUCGGUGGGCUGCUAAGUGCUGCUAUACACAAUAUGCACGGCAUCGGAGGCUACGCGGGAUGGCGCUGGAUCUUCAUUAUCAUUGGUCUGGCGACUUUUGUCGUCGGAGUUCUUUCCUUCUGGUUGGUACACGACUUUCCAGAGACUGCGCGCUUCAUCACGGAAGACGAGCGUCGAGUCAUCAUCAAGAGGUUGCAGUGCGAUCAGCAGCUCAGCGCUUCUGGAGAGCGCUUCACAUGGGCUUCGGUCGGUAAAGGCUUUGUGGAUAUAAAGACAUGGGUCGGAGCUCUGGCCUACAUGGGCUGCGACGGGCCAUUAUACGCUUUUUCCACCUUUACGCCCACCGUCAUUCGAGAAUUGGGAUAUCAGGCGACCAGGGCGAACCUGCUCAGCGUUCCCAUCUACGUCAUCGGCUGUUUAGUCACCAUCCUAGUAGGAUUUGUGGCCGACCGAAGAGGCAACAGAGCCAUGCUCAAUGUAUUGAUCCUCGGCAUUGGCAUCGCUGCCUACAUCGUCUUGGCGGCUUCUAGGCUCACGGGCCUCAGCUACGCGUUUAUUUACCUCGCUGCCAUUGGUAUCUAUCCGGCCAUUCCAAACACCAUCUCUCUCACCAUCAGCUCGGUUGAGGGAAGUUUCAAGAGGAGUGUAGUCAGCGCUGUCGUCACUGUUGGGGCUCAUGAAUCUACUCUGCGCCUCCUUGCCUGCCCUCUCUGCACCCCUCGCAGUAUAAGUUGGGGUAAUUUGAACGGCGCAGCAACUACGAACGUCUACAGACCACGGGACCAACCUUGGUAUCCGCUCGGACACGGUCUCAUCGUGAUGUACAUCGUGAUCGGUAUGCUCUCCAACCUGACUUACGUCUACCUCGUCAAGAGGGAGAAUGCAGCGAGGGAGCGAGGAGCAAACGACGAAAACAUUCUCGAUGAUCCUUCUCCUCAAGGUGUCGAAAGAGCUCAGCAGAUCAGGACGGAGGAGAUUGCCAAAGCUACAGGUUGGAGAAAAAUCAAGAUGAUGUUUCAUGAAGCUCCUGGUGGCACUUAUGCGACCAGAGAAGAGGCUGCUAGGCUCAAGGGCGAUGCUUGGAGUGGAUUCAGGUACAGCUACUGAAUGACGAUGCUUCUUUAUGAAUGCUACUCUUGCGCCAGGCUUGCAAUGGUGUGGGACUUGCAAUCGAGUGAGCGCACGAGUCGAGGUAGACAAUCAGGCAGUCGACCCAAUCGUCCUGUACUUGUAGCCGGUGUCUGCGAGCAGACCUUUGGCCCCCCCAUCCUUUGCGCAAGAGCAACCAGAACACGCCAGA